UGCUCCAGCCUGGACAUUCCAGAAGAGGACAGGGAGGAGCUAAGAUGGCCUUCUUCAACUUAUAUCUAUUGGGAUAUCAAAAUUCCUUUUGGAACAAGAAAAGGGACACAACUAAAGAAACAAGUGUGACUGUAUUAACAUUCUACUCAAAAGGGCCCACUCAAGCUUUCCUUAUUAUAGUCAUAAUGGAAACUCAUAGAGACCAGAAGGAACCAGUGCCCACUAGGCUUCCCCGUAUUAUCUCAGAAGAUGGGAAUUAUUCCGUACACCAGAAUAGCCACACAAGGUAUCAUGAAGCUAUAAAGAAGGUGUUGUUAAAGACAUUCCCCAAUCAGGUCUUCAGAGUCCCCUUGACUGAUGCUCAGAACUUCAGCUUCUGGCGGUCCCAUGAUCCAGGAGUGCACCCAGAAGAAACCAUGCCAUGGAUCCGGAGUCCCUGCCACUGCCUCAUUAAAAGCCCAAUGACCAGGUUUAUGGAUCACUCUGUUCUGAGUGACAGAAACUUCAGUCUGUAUUGAACAGGAUAUAUUUGCACGAUGGACUGUGGAAGCAGGGCAAAGAAGGAGAAAACGGAGAAGGUGUCCUUGUUCCACUGAGGGACUAAUGGGAGGAGGGGACCUCAAGAACAGAGUAAACAUUGGAUUAGAAGUCA